AGAUCCGUCCCGAGUCCCAGCGACCGAGGCCCAGCGUCAGGGGAGGUGGGUGAGGGAGACUCCAGGCCCAGGCACUCCUGAGGGGUCAGAGGGCCGGCCUGCCCCUGCUGGGGUGCUUGUCCCCACCCUGUGGAGAAGGAGCCGGCUCCCUCCGGAGUGAGGGUCCGGGCCGUUGCGGCGUCCAAAGAGGAUCCCCGUCAGUGCCCGUUCCCUCCCUGCCUCCAGGAGGCAAGUUCCGAGUGGGCACUCGCCACUCGGAGGGCCGGAGAGAGCGGAAGGUCCCUCGGUCCACGUGGUCCCCGGCCCGCCGCCCACCUCCGACGUCGCACCUCCGCCUCCGGCACCAUGGCCUUCGCCAAACUCCUAGAGCGGGUGGGAGGGACGGGCCGCUUCCAGUGGAUCCAGGCCUCUCUGGUCAUCCUGCCGGUACUCCUGAUGGCCUCCCACAACACCCUGCAGAACUUCACGGCCGCCGUCCCGCCCCACCGCUGCCGGGUCCCCCCCGGCGCCAACCUGAGCGGGCCGGACGGGCCGGACGCCGAAGCCCAGCUGCGGGCCUGGGUGCCCUGGGAUGACCAGGGGAGGCCGGAGUCGUGCCGUCGGUUCCGCGGGCCGCAGUGGGGGCUGCUGGCCAACGUCAGCGGGGACGCCGGCCUGGCCACCGAGCCCUGCGCCGACGGCUGGGCCUAUGACCGCAGCACGUUCCCCUCCACCAUCGUGACCGAGUGGGAUCUUGUGUGCGGUCACAGGGCCUUGCGCCAGCUGGGUCAGUCCUUGUACAUGGCCGGGGUGUUGGUUGGCGCUGUGGUGCUUGGGAACCUGGCAGACAGGCUGGGCCGGAAAAAGGUGCUGAUUUGGUGUUACCUGCAGACUGCAGUUUCGGGGACCUGCUCUGCUUUCUCCCCCAACUUAACUACUUACUGCAUCUUUCGCUUCCUCACGGGCAUGGCCCUGGCAGGCGUCGCGCUCAACGCCAUGACGCUCAAUCUGGAGUGGAUGCCCGUACAAUGGAGGGCGGUCACGGGGACCCUGAUCGGUUACACCUACAGUCUGGGCCAGUUCCUCCUGGCGGGCCUGGCCUACGCCGUCCGGCCCUGGCGCUGGCUGCAGCUGCUGGUCUCUCUGCCUUACUUUGUCUUCUUCCUCUACUCCUGGUUCUUCAUCGAAUCGGCCCGCUGGCACGCCUCGGUGGGGAGGUUGGACCUGACUCUGAAGACCUUGCGGAAGGUGGCCCGGAUUAACGGGAAGAGGGAAGAAGGGGAAAAGCUGAGCAUUGAGGUGUUGCAAACCAGCUUGCAGAAGGAACUGGCCAUUAACAAGGCCAAACACAGCGCUUUGGAUCUGGUGCGGGUCCCCCACCUCCGAAAGAUCUUUUUCUGCCUCUCCCUGGUAUGGUUUGCCACCAGCUUUGCCUACUACGGCCUGGUCAUGGACUUGCAGAACUUUGGGGUCAGCAUCUACCUGGUCCAGAUCAUCUUCGGAGCCGUGGAUCUGCCGGCCAAGCUGGUGGGCUUCCUGAUCACCAACUACGUGGGCCGCCGCAUCGCCCAGAUGGUUUCGCUGCUGCUGGCUGGGGUCUCCAUUCUGGCCAACGUGUUCGUGCCCAAAGCCCUGAUGACCCUGAGGACUGUACUGGCCGUGCUGGGGAAGGGCUGUUUGGCCGCCUCCUUCAACUGCGUCUUCCUCUACACCGGAGAGCUCUAUCCCACCGUCAUCCGGCAGACGGGCCUGGGCACGGGCAGCACCACGGCCCGAGUGGGCAGCAUCGUGUCUCCGCUGGUGAGCAUGGCCGGAGAGCUCUACCCCUCCAUGCCCUCGCUCAUCUAUGGGACCGUCCCCCUCGUAGCCGGCGUGGCCGCCUUCUUCCUGCCGGAGACGCUCAACGUGCCGCUGCCCGACACCUUGGAGGAGAUGGAGAAUGGGAGUAGGAAGAACAGAUGGCGGUUGCGACAGCAACAGGAGCAGCUGCAGGCAAUCCCCCUCAAGACCCCUGAGCAGGAAAAGUUCGGGAUCUGAGGAGGGCCGGAGAGCCGGACUUCGGGUCUGGGGCCCUGACCGAGGCAAGAGGCGAAGGCCCCGUGGCACCUAGCUGGUCCUGGCCAGCUUGGGGGGACCUGCAUGAAGAAGGACCUGCAGCAGGGCUGGGCCCGCCCAACUCUGGAAUGGAAAAAGCAACAAAGACUGGAAAAAAACAUUCCCUUUCCCCUAACCUCUUUCCUCUUCCUCCCCGCUCCAUCUCUGUCUUCUCUUCCCUUAUCCUCACUGUCUUUUCCCCUCCUUCUCAGAUAACUCACAUUUUCUAAUCUUCUCCCCUUCCCCCUCUUUCUUCCCUCCUUCCCCCUCUAUCCUCCCUUCCUCCGCCUCUCUGGUAGAUUCCCCUUCCCUCUUACACCUCCCAGAUUUCUGACAUUAAAAGAUUUGACUGCGUA